GCUCCAGCAUCUCGGACACGGAGGAGAAAACAGCAGCUCCUCUUUCUGACUGCGGUCCGGAUCCAGGUGAUGCUGCUCGCUCGUGCUUCGUUUCUUUGAGCGUGUGCGUGUUUCUUCCACAGUCACUAUGAAGUUCGUGGUGGUGCUCGUGGGCGCGGGCACUCUGGCCUUCCUCGGCGCAGUCAUCUGCAUCAUCGCCAGCGUUUAUCCGCGGAAACGCGCCGCUCCUCUCGGCGACAACGGCACCGUGACGGCGGAGACGCUCCUCCAGCCCCUGGAGACCGGAGCCGUGGCCCACGCCGGGCCGCUGGGGGCCCUCCACGGCGCCGAGUCCUACGACGGAGGGAACGGGAUCGGCAUCGGCCUGGAGGUUCCGACUCUGAAUGAGCUGAACCUCGGCAGGGAAACCGGCGGAGGGUCCGCCAAACAGUUCAGCUUCAGCCGCCUGAUCUGCUCGCCGAUACCGAUCGGAGACUGCAAGCACAAGGAGGGGAGGGAGCGGCGGGAGGACGGGCAGGCCGACGAGCCGCCGCCGCAGCACGGGACCGUGGACGAGGACUGGACCUACCUGCGCACCACCGCGGACGAGCUCCGGCAGACGGUGCUGCAGCAGAACGACCAGAUCCUCAUGGACCAGAGGACGAUCCGGGAGCUGACGGGCAAGCUGAGCGACUGUGAGAGCGGCCUGGAGGAGGAGAGGAGCGUCCCGGAGCGGAGCGUCGGGGUGUGGAGCGGGAACCGCCGCAUCAUGGCCGGGGACGAUGUGAGCUCGUCGGCCGCGGCGCAGCUGCAGACGGCGCGGGCCGUGGAGGAACUGGCCAGGGCCAUCAUGGACCUCAAGGACCGCAUCGAGAAACUGGAGGCGGAGAUCGGUCCUGGCUUGAACCUCACUGACACAUCUGCAGGUGGUAGCGGUAGCAGCAACAGUGGUAGCAGCCCAGCAAGUAACACUGGCAAGGCUCCUGCUCCAGCUACCAGUGCUGCUUCCCCGCCACCGGCUGUGGCUCCACCGAGUGGACGUCGGCCAGCCUCCCCCGCCCCAAAGCCUGCCGCCAAGGGCCCUGCUGGUCGUGGGAAGGGAACCUGGAGGGUGGAAGACCUGGAGGGGGAGUUAGAGAGGAAGAUUAAGAUGUUGGAGAAGGAGCGUCAGGCCAUGAGAAAGGAGACCCAGGGCCAACACGAGAAGAUUAACCAGGGGAUCGACACUGUCAGCCACCGCGUAACCGAGCUGGAGCACACCCUUGCAGAGCCAUCGUUCCCCGAAGGCUUCAUCCUCUCCUUCCCCAUGAGAACCAACUACAUGUAUGGCCAGGUCAGAAAAGAGAUCACGGAGAUGUACGCGUUCACCGCCUGCGUAUGGCUGAAGGCCAAAGAAGGGGGCAUUGGGACCCCGUUCUCCUACUCGGUCCCGGGGCAGCCCAAUGAGCUGGUGCUUCUCCAAGGUGUCCACAACCCCGUGGAGCUGCUGAUCAAUGACAAGGUGGCGCAGCUGCCUCUCUCCCUGCCACAAGAUGAGUGGCAGCACAUCUGCAUUAGCUGGACCCUGAGGGAUGGGGUGUGGAAAGCUUAUCAGGGUGGAAAAAUGAAGGGGAGGGGAGAGGGACUUGCUGCCUGGCAUCCCAUCAAACCUGGGGGAGUCCUCAUCCUGGGCCAGGAACAGGAUACACUAGGCGGGCGUUUUGAUGCGUCUCAGGCCCUGGUGGGCGAGCUCUCCCAGUUUAACCUGUGGGACCGGGUGCUGAAACCUGCCGAAGUGGCUGCCCUGGCCGACUGCAGCUCCUCAGUGCUGGGCAACAUCGCACCCUGGAGCGACCAUGACAUAGACGUCUACGGCGGUGCAACCAAGGAGUCUCUGGACCCCUGCCACGCUCCCCAGAAAUCUAGCGUCUCACACCCUAAACAGUGAGGGGAACCUGGGGGUCGGCAUGGGAGUCAGGUCAGUCAAAAGAUGGGGUCAGGGUGUUUUAUGAGUUGAUUUGGGAGCAGAUUGAGGGCGAUAUCACUUUGGUUUUUACAUUUGUCUGCUGAAGAAUGUAGGUUGAAAUCCCUACUUCUGCAGUGAGGCCUGAGAUUAAUCACAGAAUCGUUUUGUGCGGGUUGCAUGGGCAGCUCCAUAUCUGGCAUGAGCAGGACUGCACUGGAUUAAUUCCAUCCUGAUUUUUGCUUGGCUCUGGUGAAACACCACCCUCUGAUUUUUCACUGAUCAUCUUUCUGGCCAGUUAAUAAUUAAUUAAUUAUUUGAGAUUGGUGGCUUUGAUGAUAACAUUUUGGAAUGGGCCUUUGAUUAUGCUAUUUUUGUGGUUUUUCAAGAACAUGACUCAGAGUUUUGACUUUUCUCAUUGCGCGUCCAGAUGGUCGGGUUUGGCCCUAAAGCUGAUUUGUGAGAUUCCACAUGUGCUUAUGUUGAUUUCUAUAUAUUCAGUGAAAGAAAAGGAGUUUUGUUCUAUUUUGAUGGUACAUACGGUAUAUGAACCUGUUGAAUAUGUCUGUGUACUUUUAUGUUUUGUAUAUUACACACAUGAUUUGAUAAAACUGUGUUUUUUUUAAGUGCAUACUGUGUAACGUGUCUCUGUUAAUGUUGGUCUGUGCUGGCCCUGCUCUACUCUAUAAUACUUUAUUCAAAGCUAAGUUGUAUUUUUUGACCACCUUAGACACAUCAGUGCACUCACGUGACCUUGGAAUUAAACACUCGGGACCUAAA